GACUAUCAUUCUAUCUAGAGUUUACUAUGCUCACUUCAAUUCAUUUCUCUGUGGAAUACCCGAAUAAUUCGGGUGGGAGUCGAUUUUGACGCUGACGUCUAGGAGAACUUGGAAUUACGAUUAAUAUGGAUGGAAAAUAUAUUAUUGUAGAGCAGGCCACAUUGCAAACCGCGUUUUAUGGUGUUCGUCGAGGAGAUCGUAUUCUUAAAGUUAAUGGUCGACUCUGUGUGGGAUUGGAUCCAAAUGAAGUUGUCGGAUUGAUCCAAAGGUAUUUGAACAAAAAUCUGGUCAUUUACUUUGAACGGUAUUUCUCCACAACAGAGAGUGGCAACAUCGAAAGGGAAGCCAUGAAAGAAGUCCAGAAUGAUAGUGUAUUCUUCGAGGGAACUUUUCUCAUUCGUUUUGGUUUGACAAAUACUCAGAGUUUUACCGAAAAACUUAUUCGAAUUAUGCGUGUUUCGGCUCCUCUUUUGCGCUAUGCUGAUAAAUUUGGUCUUAUUCCUUUCGGAGUUGCGCUAUUCUGGUACAACGGAACAAACGUCUCCUAUGGCAUGGAGCCUUCCGGAGCGCAGAAUCUAUUACCCUGUAAAAUUGAAAUGCUUCCAGGAACCAAUGGCUUCGAUGUGCUGCAUUUUGCGUGUUCGAAGGACAUCCUCCUCACAGUACCGAUUCGGAUGCGCUGUUUCUGUGUAGACAAGAGAGCGAUCCAGCUUUAUCGAGCUGAUCGAUGUGAUCAACCAACUCUCUCGAGAUGA